AUGGCAGAUCUCAAUGUGGCCACGGUAAUGUCGCUUUCUGGACGAGUAGGUCUCGUUACAGGCGGAGGAACAGGGAUAGGAUUUAUGAUUGCUAAAGCCUUCGCUGCGAAUGGUGCGAAAGUAUACAUCACAGGGCGAAGGUUGGAAGUGUUGAAGAGAGCAGCCGUAUCUGUAACCGGUGUCCCAGGAUCUUCCUCCCGUCAGCUCCAGAUGGAUGUGACAAAUGAAGAAAACAUUAAGGCUGGCGCACAACACAUUGAGGGAAUCGAUGGCAAGGUCGACAUACUUGUCAAUAAGUCGGCCUAUAAUACCCCUAGUUCCACUCCUCCUGCCGGAUUUGCCACAUCCCUUCGCGAUCUAGACUUCAUGACGAAGAAACUCGCCGCAGAAGAUCCUUUUGAACCCGAAACCGUACAGAACUGGGCUGAUAUCUUUGCGCUAAACACGAUCGCCCCAUUCUUCGUCGUGCGUGCUUUCCAAUCCCUUCUCGUCAAAGGAGCGCAUUCCCACCCUCAAGGCACCUCAAGUGUCAUCAACAUCAGCAGCGGAGCAGCAAAGAUGAACCUUUCGGAGUCAUUUUUCGCAUACAGCCCCACGAAAGCCGCUUUGAGCAAGCUCACCCUCGUUCUGGGAACGAGCUUUGCUGGGCGGAACAUCCCGAUUCGGGUGAAUGCGAUAGAACCUGAGGUGUUUGCGUCGGAAAUGGCACCUGCUGAUAUGUUGGAGUUGUUUAAGACUAAGCCGCCACCUGGAUUGGUGGCUCCUGUACCAGCAGGAAGACAUGGAACCGAUGCCGAAAUGGGGAUGGCGGCGGUGUACUUGGCGGCGUCGGAUUACACGAAUGGAGCAACCUUGAGGGUUGACGGUGGAGUUACAUUGGUGAAUUCCUGA